AUGUCAGUCGAUAGGUUGUCAAGUUCCACAAUUGAUGCUGAGGUAAAACGAAAGCAACAGGCGUCGUCCAGACCACAGCGCAGGCAUCACCGAUCUAAGUAUCGUAUACCAUUGUUGGAUACCGAAAGACCAUUUGCAUCUCAAGGUCACAUCGUUUAUGAUCCCCCAGGAAACGGCAACUGUCAGUUUGCAGCCUUGUGUCACCUUUUAGCUAAAAUUGGUAUAUUCCGCUCCUUUAGAACACUUCGAGAGCAGGUUGUGAGUUAUCUCGUUGAGCAUCCCUACACGCCAGAUGGAUUCCCCUUGGAACUUUACACCGGUGAAGAAUGGGACACAUACAUAUCUGGUAUGCUAGAUGAUGGUACCUACGGUGACCAUAUAACACUACAAGCAGUCUCAGAUAUGUUUAAUAUCAACAUAAUUGUACACUCAUCGCUUGGCAUCGAUGCUACUGUUACCAUAGUUCCCACGCACAGUGUAGCCAUCGAUACACUCAAUCUUGGCCAUUUUGCUGAAGAAGAAGGCGAACACUAUGUUGCGCUUCAGCUGCAUGAAACACAAGACGUACAGCAACUACAUGAGGAUCAGCUGCCAGUGGUAACAGAAGCAACAGAUGCCAAGACAAGAUCGUGUAAACAGCAGUGA